GCUAUUUUUUUGUUUUAUGCGCCACUAGCCGUGUGAAAGUGUGUUACAAAUCAUAGUUAAAAUCUUAACACUGUUUGAAACCCACUUUCAGAGCUGUGAAACCUUUAUUCUAUUUGUGAAAACGAUGUACUAUAUGUUCAAGUGCCUGAAAGCAGAUUGGGGCAAUUGAGACACAACUUUGUUGGUUUUUUUUGUGCAAUAUUUUAUUGUUAACAGAGAGGAGCCAAAAUUCAAAGGUAAAUUUUCCUCACUGCUAAAAUUUUAUUUGAUUGAUUUGAUUUCCAAGGUCAUUUGAAUACCCCAUUAUUAUUAUUAUUAGGUUUUAUUUUCGAUUAGCUUUAAAUCUUAUAUUAAUAAAUCUUAAGAUGUGUAGACACAUAGUAUUCACAAAUCUUCAGGUUUGCAGAUUAAGUGAGGCCUUAGUUAUUGUUAUUGAGCCAAAACCGUAAGAUGAAUGUCAGAUAAUAUACAACAUUUACUGCUUUCAGAGCGCAGGAGGUCUGGCCAAGUACCAUAAGAAAGGCAUGUCUGAAAAGCUUAGCCGGCGUUGCACCUGCAUUGUGUGGUUGAUAUGGUUGAAAAACAGCCUGAUAUCGCUGAAACUGCUCUCUGUGUUUUGCCCAACAGCCCAAAGGUAAAGUUGGCACAAAGGGAAAGAAGCAGAUCUAUGAGGAAAACGAGGCGACUCUGAAGUUCUACACAAGAGUCAUCCUAGGAGCUAAUAUUCUGCUCAUCUCCACAGGCGAUAUACGCUGCAGUAAAUCUUUUGGUUUUCUACAGUUCGUCCACAUUUUGGACAUGGCUGCUGCUUGUGUUUGCACUAGCAGUGUAUGUAGGGAGUUACCGCUCCAUGUCGGCCAUGGCCAAGCCAGUGUUUGCUGAGGAUGGAAGUCUCUUGGAUGGAGGAAUAGACUUAAACAUGGAGCAGGGAAUGGCAGAGCACCUGAAGGACGUCAUACUGCUCACAGCCAUUGUACAAGUGCUCAGCGCAAUCACCUCUUAUUUCUGGUAUCUUUGGUUGCUGGCCCCAGCCCGUGCCCUGCACCUGCUGUGGGUGAACUUUUUGGGCCCCUGGUUUAUGGCAGAAAGCCCAUCAGCACCAGAGGAAGUGAAUGAGAAGAAGCAGAGAAGACAAGAGCGCAGACAGAUGAAGAGAUUCUGAUGCUGCAGAGCAGACGGAGCAGUAUUUUUAUACACAGAAUCUAAUAUACAGAUAGCAAAGAACUCAUAAGUUAUUCUGGAAGAAAUGUUUUUAUUAAGUUAAACUCAAUCCAAAUCUGAUACUGUGGAAUCUUGUUUUCCAUGUUUUCUUCCUGCUUUCUGUUGUAAUCCAAUUUUCUCCCUAAAUUAUGAAAUGAAAUGUUCCCUAUUUAGAUAAUGUCACGGUCGAAAUAUCAUUUGUCCUCAUGCAGAGAUUUAAGAGCUUUGCUGUUGCACAAUCCGUCACACUGCCCCCUGCAGAUGUCAUUUCAGUUACACCCUAUAUACCAUCACCCCAGUGAUGAAAACAAGUCCAAACUGAAUUUGUUCUCAGUGCCACUUUUUCAUGGAAUGUCCUUUAUUUUUCAAAGAUGUCUGUGAUGUAAAUUAAUUUAUCAGUGACCCUUCAUUACCGAGCUGAGUUGUUUUGUUUGCAAGCUAUUAAGUCUUAUAAAAUCAACUGUUCAUAAAGCAAGUUUUAAUAAGAGAAUGGGAACAUUUUUGCAAUAAAAUCUUCCUUCAGUGUGUGGAAUUUAUCAUACGUGUU